AAAUAAGUGAUCAUUUUUAUGUAAUUCAUUGCUAUGCAACAAAGCAAUAAUUUGCUUUAAUUGGAUAUUUUUAGUUUUGUGACUUAUUUAUGUUGUCAUCACUCUUGGACUAUCCUGUUAGACUUGUACCCCAAAGAAUUGUGUCUGACACCAAUUUUAUUUUGAUCCUUUUUUCGUUUCAGGAAUCUAUCUGUGUUAAGGAGAAUGAUUUGUUAUUCUUACAUUUUACUCUAGUUGAGAAAAAUAAGACUCUUAUGGAUGUGUUUAUCACAUGUUGACUUGUGAAAAGUCUUCUUGCCUCCCUAGCUUGAACUUUAUGUUGGUAGUCAAUUUUACUCAAAUGAUAGACCAUUUGAUUCAUUUUUCGAAUGGCAAUGUUAGCAGUUGUAAAGUUAUAUUAAUGAGUCGUCUGACUCACAAAGCAGACAUCUUUCAUAUGCAGGAUUCUGUAGAUUAGGACACUAAUAGCAAUAAGAUAAUCUGAUUUUAAUGUUGAUAAGAAUUAAGGAAUGUGCUCGAAAAAGUAUUACCGCUGAAAAUGUAUUCAAAUAGGUUUUAAUAAUAACUGUUGCAUAACCCUAUUAAUAAGAACUGGUAUCCUGGUUAUUUUUGACUGCGAGGGAACAUAUGGACAUUGAUCUAUUUUCGUUAUGCAUGUUCCUUGCUUAAAAAUAUGUGUUCUUCAUGACAAAUGUGAAGUUGCUUUCUGUAUGAGUGACAUGUUAUGAUACUGUUCAUUGCUAUUUAACUUUGUUGGAGUACUACUAUCUUUCUCAGCUAUUUCCCAGAUAUAUAUAGACAUUCAUUAAAUCAUAAAAUGAAUCUUGAACUUCUUGAGUCAUUUGGACAAAACUAUCCAGAGGAGAGCGAUGGAACCUUAGACACAGGAUCUAUGGCUGUAACAUCAAGUUUUAACCGCCAUGGAACAUUGCUUGCUGUUGGAUGUAAUGAUGGUAGAAUUGUUGUGUGGGAUUUUUUAACAAGAGGAAUUGCCAAAGUAUAUAAUGCACAUGUACAUCCAGUAUGUUCACUCAACUGGUCUCGCAAUGGCCGAAAACUACUUUCUGCAGCAACAGAUAAUCUUGUAUGUGUGUGGGAUGUCUUAUCAGGAGAAUGUUUACAUAUGUACAGAUUCCCUUCCCCAAUCAUGCGAGUGCAAUUUGAUCCUCGCGAUGAAUCACUUAUUCUCGUUUGUCCACUGAAGCAUUCUCCAGUAUUACUAACAGGAGAAGGUGAACACAAAGUCAUUCCAAUGCUAGAUGACUCUGAUAGUAACAUAGUGGCCUCUUUUGAUCGACGUGGUAUCAAUAUUUUCACAGGAAAUGCUAGAGGAAGAGUUGGCGUUGUAUCAGUGAAAACUUUGAAGAUAAUUGCUUCAUUUCGUGUCACACAAGGCACAUCAAAUAUUGCAAUCAAACAAAUAGAAUUUGCAAGAAAAGGAAGUUGUUUUCUCGUCAACACUGCUGAUAGAAUUAUAAGAGUUUAUGAUAGUAAAGAAGUUCUGAUGUGUGGAAAGGGAGGAGAACCUGAUGCUAUUCAAAAAUUACAAGAUCUUGUUAAUAAGACACCAUGGAAAAAAUGCUGUUUUUCGGGUGAUGGUGAGUUCAUAUGCGCUGGAUCUGCAAAACAACAUCAAUUAUACAUUUGGGAGAAAAGCAUGGGUAAUUUGGUCAAAAUAUUACAGGGAACUAGAGGAGAACAACUUCUUGAUGUCGUUUGGCACCCAGUUCGCCCAAUUCUUUGUUCCAUAUCAAGCGGUGUGGUGUCGGUAUGGUCUCAAAAUCAGGUGGAAAAUUGGAGUGCUUUUGCUCCGGAUUUUUCAGAAUUAGAUGAAAAUGUGGAAUAUGAUGAACGAGAAUCCGAAUUUGACGAUGAUGAUGAAGAUAAAUCUGAGGAAGGCACCAAGUCAAACGCUCAUGAGGAAAGUGAUGAAAUAAUUGACGUCACCACUGUACAACCAAUCGGUGUGUUUCUUAGUAGUGAUGAAGAAGACGUGGCAGAAGAUGUCCUUGAGUAUCUUCCAAUAUCUCCAGACGUUGAAGAACCAGAGGAAAGUGUUCUUCUUCCUGCCAAUGAUCCAACCAACCCGCCAACACCACAGAAGAAUGGUAAAGAAGAUCAAGACAAACAAAAAAUCGUUAACGUAAGGCUUCAAGAUGCAGGAAGCGACGAGGAACAUCCAUUGAUAUCAGGAACGAAAGGCUCGACUAAAAGUCGAAAGCGCGCAGCACAGAAAUCGGUCAAAUCAAAUAAAAAUUCAAAAGAUGGAUCUAAAGCUUCAAAAGUAAAAAGUUCAAAACUUUCUAGCAAAGAAGGCAAAUCAAAUCAGAGUGAUGGUUCAGUCUUAAGCAUGGGAACAACAAUAGCUGGGUUGUGAUGAUAUGUAACCACAAAUCAUCUGCCCACUGCAGUUGAGGAUGAAAGCCGAAUUGCAUGGGAUUUUCGGACAAGGUGUAUACCAUGGAUUGGGGAUCUACCCACAGUGGUCACAAAAAUAUGAAAUAUCAAAACAAGGCAACUCAAAUUCUCCAUUUAUAACGUUCAACUUCAGAUAAUUAGUCUCAUAAUACACGAACCGCCAAAUUUGUCAUGAAUCAAACUUUUGAACUUACAAUUUGCCUAAAGUGUUAUGUCUGUCCGUAUCCAGAAAUCGAUAUCCAAUCUAACACUCUUACCUUAUAUGUUUUUAAAAUCUUCUGUUGGCGCAAAAGUACUUCUAUCUUGUUUGGCAGCUUCCCCUCGCAGCCCCAUAUGAUAGUGACAUUGUAGAAAAGGGUGAUGUUCGCGGGGGCGAAGUUACGACCACUAUUAUGAUGUUGGAAAUGCAAUGAUUAUACGAGAGCCAUUUUUAAGAUCUUUUAAGAUUAUCAAUUACAACAUUGAAAGCAUGCAGAAUAUGUAUUGCGUUUGUAUUUUGUUUUACUUUUUUUCAUAUUGAUUCAUAUUAAAAAUUUAUCUCUUUUG